CUUGCCCUCCUGUGCGCGGGUAGGCUUCCUACGCGAGGCCGAGGCUGCGGGGCCUAUUCGGAAGGCAUGCUGAAAGUAAAGAUCCUCUUCGUUGGCCCCAGCGAGUCUGGAAAAUCUGUUUUGGCAAACUUCUUGUCAGAGAGCACAGAAGGCAUCGGCAGCUAUAUCCCUACACAAGGGGUGAGAAUCCUGGAAUAUGAGAAGCCCAAUAUCAAUGAAAACAGCAAAGCCACAGAGUAUCGGUUUGAAUUGUGGGAUUGUGGAGGUGACCAAAAGUUUGAGACCUGCUGGCCAGCUCUGAUGAAGGACUCUCAUGGCGUCGUCAUAGUCUUCAACCCAGACUUGCCCAGUCACCUGAAGGAAAUUGAGAUGUGGUAUUCCUGCUUUGUGCAGCAGCAGCAGCUGCUCGAGAGUCAGUGUCUGCUCAUUGCACACCACAAGCCAGGCAGUGGAGGAGACACAGAGAGCCUCAUCUUGCCUUCACCCCUGAGCAGGUUGCCUCUGAUACACUCCAGUCUUGAAGAAGAGCCUGAGGACGUCCGGAUGGAAUUUGUGAAAUAUCUUAAGAGCAUUAUCAACUUGGUGAACGAGAACCGGGACAAGGAAGAGAUGCUGAUUAUCAUGUGAAAGGCAGAGACGUUUUUCGUGGGACAGAAAAUAACCAUCCGAAAAAGAGAGAAGAGGGGA